GCUCGUACAAAUAUCAGAUGGACUCUCGCUAGCAGACUUCCUACGAGGAUUGAAUGACUCUUUAAGGAAAAACGGUUGGAAAAAAUAUUUCCUAACCUAAGCCGCAAUGGCUUCGAGAAACCCGUCCGUGUUUCUCGUGACGGUGAACGGACAGAUCGAGGGAGCAAACUUUCCAGAGUAUGACAGCUUGUACUGCAAAUAUUGCUACGUGUACGGUCACGACUGGGCGCCCACCACGGGGUUAGAAGAGGGCAUCACCCAGAUAACCUGUAAAAGCAGUCAUUCACAGAGGUUAAUAUGGAACUUUCCAUUGGAAAUAACAUUUAAAAGCACAAAUCCAUCUGGAUGGCCUCAGCUGGUGGUGAGUGUGUACGGACCAGAUGUGUUUGGCAACGACGUGGUCAGAGGCUACGGAGCAACACACAUCCCCAUCACAGCCGGACAACACACAAGAACCAUCCCAAUGUUUGUUCCCGAGCCCACGUGGGGACUCCAGAAGUUCACAGGGUGGCUUUUGGGGCGGCGGCCAGAGUACACAGACCCUAAAGUCGUGGCGCAGGGUGAAGGCAGAGAAGUGACGAGGGUUCGUUCCCAAGGCUUCGUCACCGUCUCCUUUCACAUCAUGACUAAAGACAUGAAGAAGCUCGGCUACGACGCGGGACCGUCAAACAUCCAGUCUGCAGCCGCGGAGGAGCAACCAUAAGUUCCGUUUCCAUAGCUUCAGGGAAACCUGAGGUCCGCCAAAACAACUCAACACUUCAAUGCCAUACUGAAAAACUGAAUUGUGUUCAUUUGUAUGUUUCAUUUAUAUUUUGUACUAUAUUUUUUAAUUAAAAGUUAGAUCAUA